AUGCGCUCAAAUCAUAGGUUGGGCAAUAUGGUGGCCGUAAUGGCGAACGACCAGCAGCAGUUUGAAUCUCUCGUAACACAGCUGAUGUCUCCUGAUAAUAACAUCAGAAAUCAGGCAGAGACACAUUAUGAAACCAUUAAUGAGCCAACAAAAAUUAAAUUCCUUAUUCAGAUGAUAAGAACAUCAGCCAUUGCAGAGGUGCGUCAGAUGUCAGCUGUGCUGUUACGAAGGAUUUUCUCAAGCUCAGUGGAUUUUUACGACAAACUUGAUCAAGCUUUUCAGCAAGAAAUGAAGAAUGAUUUACUCAAGGCCAUAAAUGAGGAACAAGCCCAAGCAGUAAGGAAAAAGGUGUGCGAUGCUGUUGCUGAAUUAUCCAGAAGUCUUCUAGAUGAGGAAGGAUACAAUCACUGGCAAGAACUUCUGAAGUUUCUGUUUGAGUGUUGCAACUCCCAGCAUUCUGAGCUUAAAGAAUGUGCUCUCCAUAUUUUUGUAUCUUUCCCUGGAAUAUUUGGAACACAACAAGAACAUUACAUGCAGGUUAUCAAACAUAUGCUGUGGCAAUGUCUGCAGGAUCAGUCCAGCCAACAGGUUCGUUUUAUGUCAGCCCGUGCUUCAGUUGCUUUUAUCACAGAUCAAGUGGAGGAGGUCAAACAGCGACAGUUUGUGGAUUUAGUCCCAGGAAUAGUCCAGGCUGUACGGGAGAGUGUUGUUGCAAGUGUGGAUGAUUCAGUGUUAAAAUGUUUAAUUGAUUUAGCAGACACUUGUCCUAAGCUUCUUAGGACAAACUUGGAGUCCAUUUUAGAUUUGAUGUUGGAGAUUGUGCGCAAUGCAAAUCUUCUUGAAAGUUGGAGACACUUGUCCCUGGAGUGUGUUGUCACUCUGGCAGAAACAGCACCAGCAAUGCUCAGGAAGUGUCAGAAGCAUAUUCCAAUUAUAGUUCCAGAGAUGCUGGCCAUGAUGGUUGAUCUUGAAGACGACCCAGAAUGGAGUGUGUCUGAUGAACUUGAAGAUGACGACUCUGAAAGUAACUCUGUAGCAGGAGAGAGUUCUCUUGAUCGACUGGCUUGUGGUUUGGGUGGAAAAACAGUUUUACCACACAUCAUUGUUACAGUGCCACAGAUGUUGCAGAAUGCUGACUGGAGGUACCGACAUGCUGGUCUAAUGGCAAUCUCUGCAGUGGGUGAAGGUUGCUAUAAACAGAUGGAGGCUUUACUCCCAGAUAUUGUGAACACUGUCUUACCUUUCUUGGGCGACACCCAUCCGCGUGUGCGAUAUGCCGCCUGUAAUGCAGUGGGACAGCUUUCUACUGACUUUGCACCUGGAUUUCAAAAGAAAUUCCACACUCGAGUGAUCCCAGGCCUUUUGGUUGUUUUGGACGACACUGCCAACCCUCGUGUCCAGGCCCACGCUGCUGCUGCGUUGGUUAAUUUCUCUGAUGAUUGCCCCAAAAAUAUUCUGGCGUCUUAUCUUGAUGACAUCUUGGCAAAACUUGAAGCUGUGCUGGCUUCAAAGCUAAGGGAGCUGCUUGAACGUGGUGGAAAACUAGUUCUGGAGCAGGUUGUGACGACCAUAGCCACAGUUGCAGACACUGCCGAGGAGAAAUUCCUACACUACUAUGAUCGCUUCAUGCCAAAUCUCAAGUACAUCAUGCAGAAUGCUCUGUCAUCUGAUUACCGCAUGCUGCGAGGGAAAACCAUCGAAUGCAUCAGCUUGAUUGGUUUGGCCGUAGGGAAGGAAAAGUUCUUGCCCGAUGCUAACGAUGUGAUGCAGUUGUUGCUUAAAACUCAAACUGAGAUGGAAGAACUUGAGGCAGACGAUCCUCAGAUUUCCUACAUGAUCUCCGCUUGGGCCAGGAUGUGUAAGAUUUUUGGAACAGAAUUCACGCAGUAUCUUCCACUGGUGAUGCCAUCUGUAAUGAAAGCUGCGUCAAUCAAACCAGAAGUGGCAGUCAUCGACGCUGAUGAUCCAAAGAGCGGCCAGUAUUCUGAAGAUGAAGGAUGGCAGUUUAUUACCCUUGGAGAUCAGCAAAAGUUCGGUAUCAAGACUGCUGGCCUGGAAGACAAGAGUACCGCUUGUCAGAUGUUGGUCUGCUAUGCCAGAGAACUCAAAGAAGGAUUUGCUCCGUACACAGAGCAAGUCGUCAAACUCAUGGUCCCUCUCUUGAAAUUUUAUUUCCACGACCUUGUGCGGACGGCUGCAGCGGAAUCGUUGCCAUUCCUCUUGGAGUGUGCCAAGAUCAAAGGGGACGGGUACCUCCGUCAGAUGUGGGCCUACAUGUGCCCGGAAGUGCUAAAGGCCAUGAGUGCCGAACCAGAACCGGAAGUUCAGAUUUUGAUCAUGGAUGCCCUGGCACGGUGUAUAGAGACAUUAGGUGUGGGGUGCAUGACCGCUGACUAUUUCACAGAGCUGGGAACUAUUCUGCACGAUAUUAUUGACACUCAUAAAAACAGACAGAUCGAAAGGCAGCAAAGAAGAAAAGAAGAAGAUUACGACGAAGAGGUCGAAGAAGAUUUGCAAGACGAGCACGAGACUGAUGUGCACAUCUUGAGCAAGGUUUCUGAUAUAAUGCACGCUUUGUUUGGUACGCACAAAGAUGGUGCAUUGCCUUUCUUUGAGCAGCUUUUGCCGGAUUUUCAUUCCUUACUGUCUCCAGAGGGAUCCGCUCAAGACAAGCAGUGGUCACUAUGUAUAUUCGAUGAUGUCAUAGAACAUGCGGGAUCUGCGUCGUUCAAGUAUCAAGAGUACUUUCUACGGCCGAUGAUGAAUUAUGUGGUUGACAGAAAUGCUGAUGUGAGACAGGCUGCGUGUUAUGGAUGCGGAGUGAUGGCUCAGUAUGGUGGAGAGGAAUAUAUCACAGCCUGUGCAGAUGUUGUACCCUUGCUUUUCCAAGUCAUAAACGGCCCGGAAUCCAGAAGUCGAGAGAACGUGAAUGCCACGGAGAAUGCUAUUUCUGCUGUGGCAAAAAUCUGUAAAUAUAAUCGUGGGAAUAUCGCGCUGAAUGAGGUGGUCCCGGCGCUCAUUGCGGCAUUACCGAUCACGGAAGAUAAAGAAGAAGCACCACACGUGUAUGGAUACCUCUGUGAUUUGAUUGAAGAAAAUAAUCCUCUUGUUCUGGGCACAAGUAACAGUAACUUACCUCGGAUACUCCAAAUUUUUGGCGAACUGUUCAUCAAUGAUGUUCUUAGCGACGACGAGGCGGCCCGGAAAAGGGUUCUAGUAAUCAUACGACAAAUACAGAGCGCCGCUGACAUGUGGACGGCGUGCGCCGGACAACUCAGUGAGCUCCAACAAGAGGCUUUGAAACAAGCUCUCGAGGCAGAAAGCUGAUUCGCGUGCGUGCGUGCAAGUUACCCAAGCGUACAGAACCUCGCAACAUCCGCGACAAAGCGCGUCCCUUCGGCAGAGUUUUCUUAAAUUCUUCUGCAUAAAUUGCGCCCACAUUCUGUUGACACUCUUGUCAUGAACACUGAACGAUUUUGAUUUUUCUAUCGAGUGAAACAAAAAAUAGAACCGAGCUGGAUUUUAAGGAGAAGCGUCGUGACUACUAUGAGUAGUAAAUUGGGAUUGACUCGCGGACGUUGUAAUCGAGAGAAGUACAGGAACAUAAAGAGUGAAUGAGAGAGGUGAAGACGGAAAACAGAUCUGAAUGACAGGAAGGAAAAAGAAAAAUUAUGGAACUGAAGUUAGUGGAAAACAAAUGAACAGAGGGGUGUGAUAUAAUGAUUAUUAUCGGUAUAGCAAUGUUAAGUCUCUUAGCCGAUAUGGUACUCCUUUCUCAUGAAAACAUUCAAGCCCAAGAUUGAGAGAGAAAUUCUCCUUACUAUGUCUCUUCUUACGUUUCUUUUUAUGCUGGGAGAAUUUUCCGGUACGUCAGGAUCUUACCAAUAGCGGAUUAUUUUUAUUUAUCACCGCUCUUGUCAUUGAUGUAAGGAGAUUUACAAUGUACAUCACUCUUGGUGCUUGGUAUGAUAAACUAAGACUACCUCACUGAAUUAAAAACGGAAUGGAAGAAAAAAA